AACAUACAAUUUAGCACACUUGUGAGAUAAAGCCUCGAGAGCUCUCUUGCGCAGAGCCUGCUCCGCUGCGGGCAGGCAGCAUUCUCGGUCUUCUCUGGAAGCAGGAGGUUUCAAGCGUCAUACUGAUAAGAUAAAGUAGCUGCAAUGUCGGGCCGAGGUCGCGGCGGCGGUGGAGGCUACGGUGGAGGCGGGGGCUAUGGAGGCGGUGGAGGAGGCGGCCGUGGCGGCGGCGGCGGUGACCGCGGCGGCGGCGGAUACGGCGGCGGCGGUCGCGGCGGUGGUGGCGGUGGUGGCUAUGGCGGUGGCGGUGGCGGCGGUGGUCGUGGAGGGGGCGGUGGCGGUGGCUACGGCGGUGGCGGCGGACGCGGAGGCGGUGGCGGCGGCGGUGGCGGCGGUGUGGUGUCUCCGGCGCAGGCGGCGGCCUCGCUGGACGCCAUCCUCAAGUCCGCCAAGUCCCUCACCGCACCCGUCAAGGUGGAGACCACCGCCGACGGCCGGCCGCUGGGCAUCACUCGGCGGCCCAGUGCGGGCAGUGUGGGCAAGGCGGUGGCGCUGCUGGCCAACUACUUCGCACUGGCCACCACACCCGCCUUCCCGGGCCAGGCCUACCACUAUGAUGUGGAGAUCCGCUCCGUUGAGACCCCCGGAGGUGGUGGUGGUGGCGGCCGCGGCGGCGGCCGGGGCGGCGGCCGUGGCGGCGGCCGCGGCGGCCGUGGCGGCGCCGCCCCCGCGCCCGCCACUGCCGAGGAGUCUGCCGGCGCGCCUGCCGCCGAGGCGGGCGGUGAGGACCUGCCGCCGCGCCUGGCACACCGCGUGAUGGCGUCGGCGGCGGCGGCGCACGGCUGGCCGGCGGGGGCGUGGCGCUUCGACGGCCGCAAGAACCUGUUCCUGCCGGGAGAGCUUCUGCCGCGCGAGGUGCGGGAGUGGCCUGUGACGCUCAAGCCGCGCGAGGGCGACAAGAGUGAGCGCGACAAGGGCUUCGUGGUGACCACCAAGUGGGCGGCGUGUGUGGGGCUGACGCAGCUGCAGGACUACCUGGCCAGGCGGCAGCAGACGGCGCCGCGCGACGCCAUGCAGGUGUUGGACAUUGUGAUCCGGCACGCCUUCGCGAUCGACCCGCGCUGCACCGUGGUGGGCCGCGGCUUCUACUACGGCGGGGAGGGCGUCAUGCCGCUGGGGGGCGGCGCGGAGGUGUGGAGUGGAUUCCAGCAGUCCUUCAAGGCGGUCCAGGCCGGCCUCACACUCAACCUGGACUCCUCCUUCGCCGCCUUCAUGUCCGCCCGCCCGCUGCCCGAGCUGCUGGCGGAGGGCGCGGGCGUGCGCGGCGGCCCGGCGCAGCUGGCGGCCGCCGACCCGCACCGGCUGAGGGCGGCGGCGCGGGGGCUGGCGGGAUUCAAGGUGGAGUUCCCCAUGCCCGGCGGCCGCGCGCGGCGCAAGGCGCUGGUGGGCCUGAGCGAGCAGGGCGCCGACCGCACCAUGUUCAUGAACGAGAAGGAGGGGCGUGAGAUGUCGGUGGCCGAGUACUUCCGCUCCACGGGCCGCCCGCUGCGCCACCCCGGCCUGCCCUGCGCCAACGUGGGCGACCGCCGCCGCGCCGUGUUCAUUCCCGUGGAGCUGUGCACUGUGGUUGCUGGCCAGCGGCGCAUGAAGCUGGACGCCACGCAGUCGGCCGGCAUGAUCACCGCCGCCAAACAGGACCCGGCAGUCAAGAAGGAGGCAUGCGACAAGCAGGCCAAGCGGGUGGCUGAGGCUCUGGCGGCGGGCGGCACGGACAGGUGCUGGGGCCUGAAGCUGGCCACUGGCAUGCUGCCGGUGCAGGGCCGCGUGCUGCCCAACCCGGUGCUGCAGUACGGCGACCCGCAGGCCUUCGACGCGGGGCCGCUGGGCAGCUGGAACCUGCGCAAUGUCAAGUUUGUGGACCCGCGCGCUCUGGACUCCUGGGGCGUCGCCGUCAUGAUGAACCAGGCGGACGUGGACUUUGACGGCGACAACAGCCUGUGGCAGUUCCUGGAGGACCUCACCGGCGGCAUGAUCCGCUGCGGCAUGCGCGUGGCCAGCCCCGUCACCGCAGCCAGCACAGACAGCCCGCCCGUGGAGUUUGGCGGCAUGCCGGGCGGCGGCGGCCGCGGCGGCGGGCGCGGCAUCGAGGCCACCAUGCGCGCGGCGGCGGACGCGGCGGCGGCGCGGUACAAGAAGCCGGCGCAGCUGGUGCUGGUGGUGCUGCCGGAGAAGACCGCGGACGAGUACCGGGAGGUGAAGCGCGUGUCGGACAUUGAGCUGGGCAUACCCAGCCAGGUGGUGGUGGCGUCCAAGGCGCGUGUGGGCUACCGCGCGCACAAGGGCGGCGGCCCGCAGUACUGCGCCAAUGUGGCCAUGAAGAUCAACAACAAGCUGGGCGGAGUCAACGUGCAGCUCAGCGGCGGACUGCGCAACAUGCCGGUGCUGGGCGGCGCGGGCGCCGUGCCCUUCAUGGUGCUGGGCGCCGACGUGACGCACCCCACCGGCGCCGCGGCGCGCGCCGACAGCCGCGACCCCUCCGUGGCGGCCGUGGUGGCCAGCCUGGACGCCAGCCUGGGCCGCUGGGCCAGCCGCGUGCUGCUGCAGGCGGGGCGGCAGGAGGUGAUCACGGGCAUGUGCGGCGCCACAAAGGAGCUGCUGCUGGAGUUCUACAGGGCAAACAAGCAGGUCAAGCCGCAGCGGCUGGUCAUGUACCGCGACGGCGUGUCGGAGGGCCAGUUCGAGCAGGUCCUGGCUGAGGAGUACACGGCCCUGCGCCGCGCCUGCCGCGAGCUGGAGGAGGGCUACCGGCCCGCCAUCACCUUCGUGGUGGUGCAGAAGCGCCACAACACCCGCCUGCUGCCCAGCGACCGAGCCGCGUCCGACCAGAAGGGCAACGUGGUUCCGGGCACUGUGGUGGACAGCGGCAUCACCGCCCCGGACGGCUUCGACUUCUACCUCAACAGCCACGCCGGGCUGCAGGGCACCAACAAGCCCGCCCACUACCACGUGCUGGUGGACGAGAUCGGCUUCGGCGCCGACGGCAUCCAGCUGCUCACCUACUGGCUGUGCUACCUCUACCAGCGCACAACAAAGUCGGUCAGCUACUGCCCGCCCGCCUACUACGCCGACCGCGCCGCCUUCCGCGGCCGCACGCUGCUGGCCGCCUCCUCCUCCGCCUCGGACAGCGCCUCCGAGACCGCCUCCCGCAGCGGCCGCGGCGCAGGCGCGGCUGAGGGCGGCGCCAGCGCCCCGCCCACCUUCGCAGGCAUCCACCGCAACCUGACCAACGUGCUGUACUUCAUGUAGAGAGAGAGCGCUGGAGCGCACAGCACGAGCGGCGGCGACUUGCGGGGUGUCUUUGUGGGGGCUGGAGUGAGGGGGGAUGAGGGGAAGAGGGCGGAGGGAGGCCGGGUCGAGGCAGUGGGCGGCAGCAGUUGCCUGCUGCCGCGGAUGUGGGUGUGGUAGUCAGAGACGGCAGUUGGCGACAUGUGCAAGCGGCGGAUGCUGUUGUGCAUCUCGUCAGACAUCCGGGGGGAGGCUGCGGCAGUAGUGUUGUGUUUCGGUUGCGGCCCUUAGGGCUGGGUCCCGGCAUGAGUCAGCAGCAGUAGUGCCUCAUAGAUGGCCGCAUGAGGUCGGCGCGGGAGAGGCGGAAGUUGUGCUGCGAGGUGGAUAUGAUAUGAAGGUAACAGGAUCAACCAGGUAAUCAAGCGACUAGGAGGACAUUGCGGCGGAUGUCCGGACAGGGGCUGUGCGGGCGGCAGCGGCGAUGGUGACGGUGGUGGAAGCUGACGCAAUGUAGGCGGCGGGCGCAGCUGCACACCUGCUCGGACGGGAUGUGGUGUGCCGGACUGGCCGAAGUUGGGAUGUGCGGGUCAUGCGGACGCGGUGUGGCCGUGUGGGGAAUGCGGGCGAUGCAGGGAGAAAGCGGGUGCUGAGACGUUGUUGCCGUGAGUAGUCAGCCAGCCGCGGCAGGUGUGCACGGCGCGUGCUGAGGCGUGUGCGAAAGGACCAUGUCGACAAACACAUAAAACGUAUUGUAAUUGCAUCACAGU